AUGCCUCGACGCCCGAAAAUCGUGAACAAGAAUGAUGCCCCAGCCGCGUGGUCAAAACGAGCUCGAGCUGACCUCAGGAGCAUCACGCCUCCAGAAAACCUCCGCAACCGCCCGCACGCGCCAAAAAAGGAAAUUCCAUCGUCACCCGAUGAGCGUGUUCCACGAGACCGGAGAACGGAGAACGAAGAACCCAGAAGCCUCGUGUUCGAAAUUCUCGUUCUCGUCGUGGCGCGCACGAGGUCAAACCGCAUGCGCCUUGCCCAUGUGAACACCAGCACGUGCUUCUCCCUCCAUCCAGAUGUCAAUUCCAAGAUUGCGUUCACCAAGGUUCCGUUCACUUCUCUAGUCCUUCCACCACCUUGGCACUUCAUUUCACCCACCGCCACAUCCUCACGCACCUGUCUCCCGAGGCCCGGGGAACACAAGCGCCCGCCCGCAGUAUCAAGUAUAGUACCAAUAGCUCGACCCAACCCCGGCUCCAAAUCUCGAUAUUUUGAUCUUGCGCCAUCGUGA